UCAGUUGGCAGUGAGCUUUCAAGCGGACAACAGGUGAUCGCGAGCGUUCCGCGGCAAAGGUGAAAAUCGCGCAAAAAAGCAAAAGCGGGUAAAGUCGCUCCGAAAACGCGCACUUCGUCUUGGGCAAUCUGCGGUGCUUUCGGUGCUGCUGCAAUCGCGAGUGAGAGGGCGAUACACACGUCCAGUGGCCGUGCGAGUGAGAAGGAGCAACGCGCCUGCCCACGGCAAUAAAGUUCGACUUGAUUUUUGUUUUAAUAUGUGAUGCCAAUACACAAUUCGACAAUCGACCAAACGUGUUUACACUUAAUUUUGCUAGCGUGAUUUAAAGAAGAAAGCAAAAAAUGCGCCUCCAGGGAGCGGAUCUGGGGUCUAUUCCAGUGCUGAUCUUAGUCACCGCGUGUUUGUUCUACCAAACAACGGCCCAGGGGCUGUACUCUAUUAUUGCCCCGAAUACACUGCGACCAAACUCUCAAUUUCAUGUGGCCGUGAGCUUGCAUAAUGCCCCUGAAUCAGCCACAAUCAAAGUGGGGAUUCUGGGAAGCUCCUACACGGACUUUAAGACCGUGGAGUUGCGACCCUUUUCCACACAACUACUGCAUUUUGAGAUUCCCGCCCUAAAAACAGACAGAUAUCGUCUCACUGCCGAAGGGCUGGGCGGAGUUCAGUUUACCAACGAGACCCAGCUGCACUUCGAGUCCAAGCAACAUACGGUUUUGGUUCAGACGGACAAAAGCAUCUACAAGCCCGGGGAUCUGGUUCACUACAGAGUGCUAAUUCUGGAUGCCAACCUAAAGCCGGCUCGCGGUUAUGGACGGGUGCAUGUGGAUAUCAAGGAUUCGGGUGACAAUAUUAUUCGAAGCUACAAGGACAUUCGGCUGACCAACUCUAUUUACUCAAACGAACUUCGAUUGUCCGAUUAUCCUCGUUUCGGGACCUGGUCCAUAGUUGUGGAAGUAUCGGAACAAACCCAUACACAGACAUUCGAGAUACUCGAUCAUAUUCUGCCCAAGUUCGUGGUAGAUAUAGAUACUCCCAGAAAUGCUAUUUACAAGGAUGGCAAAAUAGCAGCCACUAUCAGGGCGCAUUAUGCAUUCGGUCAGCCAAUUGUGGGUGAGGCCACCCUAUCCAUAUAUCCCACUUUCUUUGGCUCGCUCCAACCUUUUGUUAAUGAUCUCAUUACCCGAAAAGUUGUGCCCAUUGAUGGCAAUGCUUACUUUGAGUUCGAUAUAGAGAACGAGCUUCAUCUGAAACAGGACUAUGAGAGGCAGUAUCUUCUGGAUGCACUGGUUGAGGAAAAGUCUACGGGCUCGGUGCAAAACUACUCAACAGUCAUGACCCUGCAUUUGAAUCACUACCGUGUGGAGGCUGUCAAAGUGCCCAGCUACUAUAUUCCCGGAGUACCCUUUGAAGCUACAGCUCGUAUAGCUCGCAAUGAUGGCAGCCCAUUGAGGGAUUUUAAUCCUCAGAUCACCGCCUAUUUGACGAACGUUUAUGGCAGCAGUGAGAUGUAUAAUCGUACUUCCUACAGUUUAGAUGCCAGUGGCGAGAUAAAGAUGAAGUUUACGGUUCCCAUCGGCGAUCAGGACGAAUUUCAUUCCAUUAUUGUCGAUUAUCAGGGUGUGAUUAGUGAGGUGGGAAAGAUCCCGAGAAAACAUCUGCACAGCAAAAACUACAUUACUGCUAAGGUGUUGAACGACAGACCCACUGUGAAUCAGGAAAUAUCUGUGGUGGUGCGCUCUUUUGAGCCGAUUAAAUACUUUAUGUAUCAGGUUGUCGGACGUGGCGAUAUUAUUCUUUCUCGUAGUGUUGAUGUGGCCGAAGGCACAUUCCACACCAUUAAAUUCUUAGCUCCAUUUGCAAUGAUGCCGAGGGCCAAGCUUUUGGUAUACACUGUAGUAAAUGGAGAGUUUGUUUAUGAUGAGCAGGUCAUACAGUUUGAGGAAAAUCUGCUUAAUGCGGUACAAAUCGAGGCUCCAAUCAGAGCGCCUCCUGGCCAAGAUAUAGAUAUAGGCGUUAGCACCAAGCCCUACUCUUAUGUGGGUCUCAUGCUGGUGGAUCAAAAUGCCAAUGCCCUGAGGAGUGGUCACGACUUGACCCACAAAAGACUGAUGGACGCCCUGCGUUCGUACGAACUGAACGAUGUCAACACCCCAAUGGGAUCACCUGGCAAGGAAUCUGGAGUGAUUACAAUGUCCAAUACGGAUUACUUCAUCGAAAAGGAAGCUGAGAGCAGUCCGUCCUUGGGACGAGACGCUUCCAAAGGUCCCGAGGAGGACAAACUGACCACUGUGCGAAAGACAGACAUAGGACCAGCCCAUAAAAUCGAAGUUAAUACACUGCCUCCGGGCAAAGGGCGAUACGCCUUCUCCUACACUCCGAAACCUUUUUGGCACAAUCCAAGGGUUCAUGUGAUGCGCGAUCCGGCGGAUACGUGGCUCUUCCUGAACAUCUCCGCUGGCAGCGAUGGAAGGAACUUUAUCCACCAAAGGAUUCCCAGUGAGAUGACUUCCUGGGUGGUUUCUGCUUUUUCCCUGGAUCCUGUUAAUGGCCUGGGACUGUCUCCGGCGAAUGGCAAACUGGAGGCCUACAAAGAGUUCUACAUAACCACCGAGUUGCCCUACUCCAUAAAAAGAGAUGAACUCAUCGCCAUACCGUUUGUGGUGCGCAACAACAGAGACAGCGAUCUGAGAGUGGAGGUGACCUUCUACAACUCGGCCCUGGACUUUGACUUCCCUCAGCUAGAUCCCAAGGCCACCAAUCAACCAAAGGUCGAGCUCUACAGACGUAGAUCCCUGAAAGUGCCGGGAAGGUCCUCCCGAUCGGUAUCCUUCAUCGUAACCCCCAAGAAAGUGGGUUCCCUUUUGGUCAAGGCAAUGGCUGCCUCCUCCCAAGCUGGCGAUACAGUAGAGCAAAAUCUUCUGGUGGAGCACCCUGGAGCCACAGAGCGGGUUAACAGGGGUUUUUUUAUCGACCUGAACUCAGAAAAGUCCCAGAAUAGGAGGAACGUGACCAUUGCGGUGCCAAGAAAUGCCAUUCCAGAAUCUACACACAUUGAAGUAUCUGCUGUUGGCGAUCUGAUAGGCAGCUUGGUGGGAAAUCUGAACGACCUAAUCCUUCUGCCAACGGGCUGUGGCGAACAGACCAUGGUCAACUUUGUGCCCAACCUAAUGGCCCUACGCUACCUAGGGCGCCUUCGCCAACUCACUCCGGAAGUGGAGCUGCGUGCCAUGAAUAAUCUGGCAGUGGGCUACCAAAGAAUUCUUUACUAUCGACACGAGAAUGGUGCUUUCAGUGCUUUUGGAUUGGAUGCCAAACGCAGUUCCACCUGGCUGACGGCCUAUGUGGCCCGAUCCCUGCGACAAGCGGCUCCCUUCACCCAAGUGGACAGCAAUGUCCUGCAGAAAGCACUGGCCUAUCUCGGCAGCGUUCAGUCGGCUAAUGGUGGCUUCGAGGAGCGGGGCGAUAUCUUCGAGAGAUUCGGCGACGACGGCAUCAGUCUGACUGCCUUUGUGACCCUGGCUCUGAUGGAGAAUGUGGAUCUCUAUCCGGAAUACCGGAAUAGCAUCAACAAGGCGCUGGACUUUAUCACCACGGGCUUGGAUGGAUCCAAUAAUCUGCAUGCCAUGGCCCUGGGCACAUAUGUGCUCUCUAGAGCCAAUCAUAAUGCCAAGGCUGCUUUCCUUCAGCGAUUGGACUCGUUGGCCACCAACAAGGAUGGUCGCAAGUGGUGGAAUAAGACGGCGCCUGCUGGAGAACAGCUGUCACCCUGGUACAAUGCUACCCGUAGUGUAAACAUCGAGAUCUCCGCCUAUGCGGCUUUGGCUCUGCUGGAGAACAACUUGGUGCGCGAUGCCCUACCCGUCCUUGAAUGGCUGAUGGAUCAGCGGAACUCCAGAGGUGGCUUUGUGGCUUCCCAGGAUACGGUGGUAGCUCUGCAGGCACUCUUCAUGUUUGCCGAACGCUUUUCGAGCCAGGGCAAUAAUCUUCAAAUUGGUUUCCACUACGGAGAAGGCGCCGAAACCAUUAUAAAUGUGAAUGCUGAAAACUCACUGGCUCUGCAGUCAGUGGAGCUACCCAACAACCUCAAAAACCUGAGCAUUUCGGCCACUGGUCGCGGACUGGCGCUUGCCCAAGUGAGCUAUACAUAUAACACGAAUGUGACCAGUGCCUGGCCACGUUUUGUUCUCGAUCCCACUGUGAAUCGUAACUCCCACGCGGACUACCUCCAUCUCUCGGCCUGCGCCAGCUUUGUUUCCGUGGCUGGCGAGGAUGAGCAGCGCUCCAAUAUGGCCGUGAUGGAGGUGCAUCUCCCCAGUGGAUUCGUCGUGGACAGGGAUACACUUCCCACCCUGGAAUCGAGUGAGCGGAUCAAGAAGGUGGAGACCCAGAACAGGAACACCAAGGUGGUGAUCUACUUUGAUUACCUGGACAGGAGGGAGGUCUGCCCCACUCUGCAUGCCUACAAGACGGUCAAGGUCACCAAACAUCGACCUGUGGCCGUGGUCAUGUAUGACUACUACGACAAUGCUCGUCGUGCCAGACAGUUCUACAGGGCCCCCAAGUCCAAUAUCUGCGACAUUUGCGAGCACGCCAACUGCGGUGACCUCUGCGAAAAGGCCGAGAAACGCGAGUCCAAGCGACCUGAUGACUACACCGCGAUAGCGGGUCGCGGUGCAAGCCCUGACCUCAAGGCAAUUCCACUCUUGUCGGUAGUGACUGCUCUGUUGGUCCUCUUGAAGACCCUCUGCUGUUGAUGAUGAUGAUAUUGUUAUUGCCACGCAAUGUGGAACCAACAAGGAAAUCGAAGCUUUAACAACCCACUCACAUAGUACCUAAGCUAGCCUAAUGAAUGCCGUGAACUAAACCUGGUUUAAGUACAUCUAACGAUGUUAAAGUGUUGCCAAUAAAAUGUUAUAACGUUUACUAAAACCUAAACAAAA